AUGGCUUACAAUUUGAAAAAUGUGAUAUCUUUAGCAUAUUUUGAUUAUAGAUAUAUAUUGAAAUGUGGUUCUACAGAAUUAUUCAUGUAAUUUAAAGAUUUGGUUAAUAAAGCUAAACCUUAAGGUAUGACAGGAUUAUAUGUGGCUCUCAAAAAUGCUAUUGAUUCCCUUUUGUAAUUCAAAAAGAAAUAUCCAAAUUUUUUAUUGAGAAUCAUUGCACUGUGAU